UUGACAGCUGCACACGCGCCCGCUGCGAAUGGCCAGUGGUCAGCAGGCUCUUCCUCUUCCACAUCGACGUGUCAGGCGAAAGAAAGUCCAAAAAAUAUACAAUUUAAGCUGCCGCUUUGCGCCUAGCCCCGACAAAAUUCAUAAGCUGCCAGUAGUCCGCACGCCGCACCACACACAACCACCACCGGCAAGAUGGUUCUCGCGGAUUUGGGUCGCAAGAUAACCACGGCGCUGCACUCGCUCAGCAAGGCGACCGUCAUCAAUGAGGAGGCUCUAAAUUCGAUGCUCAAGGAGAUUUGCGCGGCGCUCCUGGAGGCGGAUGUGAAUAUCCGGCUGGUGAAGCAGCUGCGCGAGAAUGUCCGUGCCGUCAUCGAUUUCGAUGAGAUGGCCGGCGGACUGAACAAACGUCGCAUGAUCCAGUCGGCGGUCUUCAAGGAGCUGGUCAAGCUGGUCGAUCCCGGCGUGAAACCCUACCAGCCCAUCAAGGGAAAGGCGAACGUGGUCAUGUUUGUGGGUCUUCAGGGCUCCGGCAAGACCACCACCUGCACCAAGCUGGCCUAUCACUACCAGAAGCGCAACUGGAAGUCCUGCCUCGUGUGCGCCGAUACCUUCCGUGCCGGAGCCUACGACCAGAUCAAGCAGAACGCCACCAAGGCACGCAUUCCAUUCUACGGCAGUUACACCGAAAUCGAUCCUGUGGUCAUUGCCCAGGAGGGUGUCGAUAUGUUCAAGCGCGAGGGCUUCGAGAUGAUCAUCGUGGAUACCUCGGGUCGGCACAAGCAGGAGGAAUCGCUGUUCGAGGAGAUGUUGGCGGUGUCCAAUGCCGUCAGUCCCGACAACAUCAUCUUCGUGAUGGACGCCACCAUUGGACAGGCUUGCGAGGCCCAGGCAAAGGCCUUCAAGGACAAGGUGGACAUCGGUUCGGUGAUCAUCACCAAGUUGGAUGGCCAUGCCAAGGGAGGCGGUGCCUUGUCCGCCGUGGCGGCCACUCAGUCGCCCAUCAUCUUCAUCGGCACGGGCGAGCACAUCGACGAUCUGGAGCCCUUCAAGACGAAACCCUUCGUGAGCAAGCUGCUCGGCAUGGGCGACAUCGAGGGACUGAUAGAUAAGGUAAACGAACUAAAGUUGGACGGCAACGACGAACUGUUGGAGAAAAUCAAGCACGGCCAUUUCACCAUCCGCGACAUGUACGAGCAGUUCCAGAACAUCAUGAAGAUGGGCCCCUUCUCGCAGAUCAUGAACAUGAUUCCCGGUUUCUCACAGGACUUUAUGACCAAGGGCGGCGAACAGGAGUCGAUGGCGCGCAUUAAGCGCAUGAUGACAAUGAUGGACAGUAUGUCGGACAACGAACUGGACAACCGAGACGGAGCGAAGCUUUUCAGUAAGCAGCCGAACCGCUGCAUUCGCGUGGCCCAAGGAGCUGGAGUCCUGGAACGCGAGGUCAAGGAAUUGAUUGCUCACUAUACGAAGUUCGCGGCGGUGGUGAAGAAGAUGGGCGGCGUAAAGGGCCUGUUCAAGCAGGGUGACAUGACCAAGAACGUCAAUCCCACACAGAUGGCCAAGCUCAAUCAGCAGAUGGCCAAGAUGAUCGACCCGCGUAUGCUGCAGCAGAUGGGCGGCGUUGGCGGACUGCAGAACAUGAUGAGGCAACUGCAGCAGGGAGCGGCGGGCGGUUUGGGCGGCCUGGGGAACCUGAUGGGCGGCUUUGGCGGCAAGUGAGCUGGUGGCGUGUAAAUUUAACGAUUUUUAUAUGAUUUUGUUUCCGCGUAGUUCGUAAUUUGUUAGCCAUUGUUUCCAUUUGUCCAAGACCACAAAAAUUGAUAUCCAACGUGGUAGCGAAUAUAGCGUAUGUAACCUAUAUAGGCGUGCAAACAGUUAA